AUGAACAUGAAUAAGAUUAGCUCCUCUCGGUAUUCGAAAUCAUAUAGAAUCACUGCGCAACUCAGUAUACGAAUUAAAGAUGAUGAGAUUAUCGAAAUAUGUACUAAUGUAGUCGAACGUCUUAUCAAUGAAUUACAUGUUGUUAAAAUACCGAUAGCUGAUCAAACGAUGAAUUUAAAAAAUUAUUGGAGACGACCCGAUAUCGUAAUUGAAGCGGAUCAUUUCUUCAAAUUUGUAGAACUGAACAAAGUCGAAAAGAUUCCCAUUACUUCAUACGAAAGUUGGACCAAUGAUUGUGGGAAAUGUCGACAUGAAUCAACUUUGCCAAGCAGAACAGAUCAAUUUUUAACCCAAGAAGAUGAGCAACAAUGGUGCAAGAUGAUCAGGAAAUGGCUGACCAAUGUAAUCGAUUUACCGGAGUUUGUGAUAAAUUUCGUAAAAAAAUUGGAGAAACACAUAUUUACCGAUGCAUCUAGCUUUGCAUACGCAGCAGCAGUUUAUGCUCUCAAAGAAGUUUAA